ACAGCGGGCUUUAUUUAUCAAAACAUGCACGUGCGAAUUUCCUCGAUUCUCUAAACGGUUCCUAAUGGCUGAGUUGAUUGGUCUAUAUAGAGAAAUAAUAAACACUACAGCUCGUUUUGUUGUUCGGUUUCGUUUACGACUUUUGGAGCUCGCUGCUUGCAAACGGAUAACACGGCUCUCCUUGUCCUCCCAACGUUGUUACACGUCGGACACUUCAAACUCAUCAGCUGAUCAUCUCAGCUCUGGACUUGAGAGGUACAAGGACUUGCAGAAGUUUUUCAACAGGAGACUGAAGGCAACAUACCGCAGGUUCUCCAACAUACCUGAUCACUCAGUGGUCUGUGGCCAUCACCAUGUGUAUUUUGUUGAAGGUGAUGGCAUCUACAGAGUGGACAAGAGACAGGGAGAUCUGGAGCCAGAGCAGGUGUUAAAUCUAGGACAAAUCUCUGGAGGAGAGGAGAGGACAGCAUUUAAGAAUGGAGAGAGGAAGCAGAGGUUUCAGUGGACCGUUCAGAGAAUACGUUUGUCCCCACAGGAGAAGCAUCUUGCUGCCACACUAAAAACUACUCACAUAGAAGAGCCAAGGUGUGUGGUUGUGAGGCUUCAAAGAAGAACUUCUCCUCCUUUGGAUACCCAACACAUCAUUCUCACAUUGGACAAAGUCUUCAGCUUUGAGUGGGCCACAGAUGAGGUCCUGUUUUACACAACUCUUGAGGGUCUACGUUGCAGCAGAGUGUUUCGUCUGGACCUAACCUCCAGCAGAAGCAGGAUAACCUCUGUGUUUGAGGAAACACGGCCUGAUGUGUUUGUGGAGGUUGUCCUUUCCAGGGACCGACAGAUACUGAGCAUCAACUGCAACACCAGGACCAGUUCAGAGGUGCUCCUAAUUGAUACAGCAACACCCACUUUAGAGCCUCUCCUGGUUCAGCCACGGCAGCUGGACCUCCUGUACCACGUUGAGCACUGGAGAAGGAGGUUGAUCAUACUAACUAAUGCAGGGCCUGGACAGGAAUAUCAGGUGGUACAAGCCCCUCUCUCAGAGCCAUCCAUGGUCUCCUGGGUCUCACUGUUUGCCCCUGGCCCUGGCACUGCAAUCAAGGACAUGGAUGUGGUUGGAGACCACUGUGUGUUGACUGUAAGAACACCAGCUGAUGAACUUGCCCUGACUGUGGUCCCACUGACCCAUCCCAAGAAAGCAUAUACUGUACAGCUCCCCCCCUGGGCUUGUGCCAUUGAGACCAAGAAACCAGGCUUGGCAGAGCAACGUGAAGUGUUAGAAUUCCUGAUCUCAUCUCCAGUCCACCCACCGGUGCCCCAUUGCCUGUACCCCGAGGAUGGGCUCCUUUUAUCAGAAGAUGGGUCCUCCCUAGAGAACCAGGGCAAUUAUACCACCACGCGCUUAAAGGCCUGCAGCCAAGAUGGUACCUUGGUGCCAGUGACACUGUUUCAUGCAGUACCUGAGGAGGGUUUGAGACAGGCGCCACUGCUGGCCCAUGUCUACGGAGCUUAUGGCAGAGAUCUCCACAUGGAGUUCUGCCCAGACAAAAGGCUGCUGCUGGAGCAGGGCUGGGCUCUGGCCUACUGCCACAUCAGAGGUGGAGGAGAGCGGGGUCUGUCCUGGCAAAGACAGGCCCGUGAAGAGGGGAAGCAAAAAGGAGUGGAGGACCUUCAAGCCUGUCUCCAACACCUAUUCUCCUUAGGAUUCUCCUCUCCUUCACUCACUGCUCUUACAGCCCACAGUGCCGGGGCUGUGCCAGUGGGAGCACUGUGCAACAGACACCCACACAUGAUGCGGGCUGUCACACUGCAGGCUCCAUUUCUGGAUGUGUUGGGAACAAUGGAGGAUCCCAGCCUGCCUCUAACUUUGGAGGAUAGAGAGGAAUGGGGGGACCCCAUAGGGAACCCAAAACACAGACUCACCAUCACCUCCUACUGUCCCCUUUGCAACAUUACUCCUCAGCGCUACCCAUCGAUGCUGCUGACAGCCUACAGCAGUGAUGCCAGGGUUCCUUUGGCAGGUGUCCUCAAGUACACUGAACAGCUAAAGAAAGCCAUUCAUACAUACUUGACCACAAAUCCAAAGUCAGAAUGUGAACCAGCACCAAACAUAGUUCUGAAUAUCCAACCUGGAGCAAAUCACCUCGGACCAGAGGACUUUGAGCUGAUGCUGGAGGAGGAAGCCCUCAACCUAGGAUUUCUGUACACCGAGCUGAGCCUGGACCCUCCUCGGGCUCAACGCAAGAGGAAGAGAUAGCAUGGCUAUCAAGAGGUGGUCUAGCAUCAAAUGACAAUGAUCCAGUGAGAAAGAGAGGACA